AUGUUUAUACAUUUGUUUAUUUACACUUUAGCACAUUUCAUAUUAACUACAAAUGUGCUAUCUUUUCAAAAUUGGAAUAAUAUCAAAAUAUACCAUGUGUCCAAAAACAGCUUAAAAAAGUUAACAAAUGGAAAAAAUGCAAAUAUGAAAAAUAUUACUACAACAACAGGAAAACUGUUUUAUUCACUAAACAAAAAUUCAAAUACCAGCGUAAAAAUCAGAAAGAGUCACAUCAACAUGUCUUUAAAAGAAAACAUUAAUUUAAUAUUUCACGGUGAAAGGGACAUAACACUGUUUGACAAAUUCGUGGCAUCAACGAGUUACAUUCUCCCCUUUAUAGAUGCCAUUCAGGCGUUCAUCAUGCCACUCGUGAAUAUGCUCCCCCACUCGCUACACAAAUACCUCUUCCAAAUCGAAAAAAUAAAUCAAAUUUAUUCAUCCAUUCCAUUUUUAUCUUUUGGAACUUUUAUGGGUUUGUAUUUCCUUUUCGUCAAAGAGAACAAGUUCAAGUUUCACUACUUCAUUAGGUAUCAUCAUAUGCAGAGCUUGAUAUUGUCCAUGUUUGGCUAUGCAAUGGCCUUAUUUUAUUUCCGAGUCUUCCCGUACUCAUAUAAUGACACAGAUAUCUUCAAUUUGACAAUUUUAUAUUCAACCAUGACCAUAUACUUUGGUUCACUAAUCAUACCCUUCUUCUCUUCUUUGCUUGGAUACUACAUCGAAAUACCAGUCAUAUCAGAAGCAAUUAAACUACACAUAGGAGAAAAAAAAAAAACAGAAUAA